CUCCUCCGCCUCAGCGACACCUCACCUGCAUCUCCUCACCUGAGCUCAGACUCACAGACACUCGCCAACACACACACACACACUCACACACACUAACCGGAGGAACACACCACUGAAGGAAUUUAUAACUGACCUCGCCAGGAGGAGAAAUGACUAAGGAAAAUGAGACUUUGAUGGUACUGCAGAACGAGAGCUUCAACUACUCGCGCUACACGGACAGCUACCUGAUGGACUCGUGGGGCUACGCCGACGCUGACCUGUCCAAGACCAAGGACGACCUCACCGCCUUCUCCUUCCUCUACGAGCAGUGCAAGACUCCCAAGGAGCAGAGAAUGACUGCGUGCAGCAAAGGCAGCAGUUUCUACAAGCCAGACAGGAGUCACGGCGCCUCCUCCCCUGAUCUCAUCUCCCUGGAGAGUCCGGCACAGAUCAUGAAGCUGCUGACCAACAACAUUUCCGCCACCCAGCAACAGGAAGUGCUGGACCUCAACAGGAAGUUGUCCCCGCUGUGCCCCCCCAAGCAGAGCCCCCCCGGCCCCCAGACCUACCUCCCACCCAGCGGCGCCGAGAGCUACGACAAGCAGGUCAUCAACACCAUCUUCGACUCGCUGCUGCAGGGCAGCUACCAGGAGAACGCCACGGAGGCCACGGUGCCAUACGGUGAUCCCUUUGUAGCCCAAACCAGCCCUGUCUACUCCGAGUCCUACACCAACUCCCCUCCAGAGAGAUUCAGGAAUGAUUUCCAGUUCGUGCUCGGGGCCCCGCAGGCGUCGCGCCACAAGACGACGGAGAUGCCCAUGGUGUACCUGAACAAGGGCCAGUUCUACCCCGUCACCCUGAUGGGCGUCGACAGCAGCGCCGGUCAGCCCCUGGGCAGAGUCAAGACGGUCAUCAUGGCGGUGUUUGAGAAGGACAAGAGUGCUGAGGUGCAGCUCAAGUGCUGGAACCACUGGCACGCCAGGCAGCCCACGGUCAAGCAGAGGGUCAUCGAUAUCGCGGACUACAAAGAGACUCUCAGUGGCAUCAGCGACGUGGAGGAAGUGGCAUUCAACGCUCUGUCUUUCGUCUGGAACACUAACGAGGAGGCCAAGGUGUUCAUCGGGAUCAACUCCCUGAGUACGGACUUCUCGGCUCAGAAGGGUGUGAAGGGCAUGCCGCUCAACCUCCAGAUCGACACCUACGACAUCAGCACCGGCACCAACACACUCAUCCACCGCGCCGCCUGCCAGAUCAAAAUCUUCUGCGAUAAGGGAGCGGAGAGGAAGAUGCGAGAUGAGGAGAGGAAGAGAAGCAAGAGAAGGCCAAAGAAUGACUCCAGCCAUGCCAAGCAGGCCCAUGUGAGCAGUUCGGUCGGAGCGGACAGCACCUGCCUCAUGCCGCUGGACGAUCAUGUGACCCAGCCAGUGCUGUUCAUCCCCGAGAUGCACUACAGCAAUCUGCAGCGCUGCGGCAUGGCGUCCUCGGUGCUGGUGGAGGAUGGCGACUCCCGGGGGGCCCUGAAGAGGGUCAGCUGUUACCCCGAGGGGGGCGAGAGGUGCAGUCCACCCCCCAGCAAAGUGGCACGACGAGAGGAGUCACAGAGAGUUCUGCUGUAUGUGAGGAAGGAGACCGAGGAGGUGUUUGAUGCCCUCAUGCUGAACAGUCCCACGUUGAAAGGCCUGCGAGAAGCCAUUUCAGAAAAGUAUGGUGUGCAAGAAGACACCAUCGGGAAAAUCUUCAAGAAAUGCAAAAGAGGGAUCUUCGUCAACAUGGACGACAACAUCAUCGAACACUACAGCAACCACUCGGCGUUCCUGAUCAACAUCAACGAGAUCAUGAUGGGACUCUUCCACGUCACCCUCACUGAGCUCUAGAAGGUUCCGCCACGCCUCCAGAAGCCUGCGAUGCGUAUCUCGCUCGCUCGCUUGCUCUCUCUCUCUCUCCAGCUGUUCUGCCAUUCAUCGCUGGAGACUUUAAGCACUGCCACCAUUCUGAGACACUCGGGUAAAACCGUGUCUCCAUGGAAACAAGAGAAGCAGGAACUAAUUUAAACAAGCAGACCCGGCAUGCGCUCGGAGAAAUUGCCAGAUAUUGCCUCUGUAAAUACCUCUCUGUUUAACUUUACAAACUUUUAAUAUUAUUUUAAUAUAACAAGUAUUUUAUAAUAUGAGCAUUUAUGGUGAAUAUGAUGGAUAUUCUGUAAAUAUUUAUUGUACAUAGAAGUUGAAAAGUGGAGAAUCUGAGAGUUAUUUUGCAACAGUGAUUUGCCUUGCAGACGAGUUUGCUAUUUCAAUGUAAUGUAUUCAACGGAACCUUUUCCCAUGUUAUCUUGCUGCUUUCAUUGUAUGCAUCAUUUCUUUUCAAGAGUACUGAGCCGUGUGGUCUCAGCAUUUUAACGGCAUUUUAAACCGUGUGCUUUUCAUUCAGCCCCAAAGGCCUGAGUUACAUUUUUAUUUUAAGUUUGAAUUAGUUUUUGUGCUUUUAUAGAUAUAUAUAUAUUAUAACACUUCCAGUCACCCGCUGUAGUCGGCAACCUGUUAGUUUCACAUCUGAAUUCGUCAACGCUUCAGUGUUGUUCAGCCGAGACAUUUUCAGACAUCAGUCACACAUUUCCACCCCCACGAUGGCCAUCACAGACGGCCGCUGGCCCGGAUCCGGCCCGGCUCCACGCCGCAUCCCAGCCGCAUGCGGCCCGGCCCGAUCUGAGGCCAGCGGCCGUCUGAGAUGCACCCUCCAGUGUUUCCUACACAGAGACGCGAAUGCGGACGCUGGCCCGUAUGCGGCCCGUAUGCAGCCCGUAUGCGGCCCGUAUGCGGCCCGUAUGCGGCCCACACAUUUCUAGCCGCAGGGCUCCACACUCGGCUGUUUCCGGGCGUGUUUGUGUGGGGCAAAAGGUUGUGUUUCUUCAUAAGGACUUGGCAACAUUUCAAUGCUUUGUAUCGCUGUAAGACAUGUUGUGUGUGGAGCUUCAAUGCUUCUUCCUCCUUUUUUUACUGACUCCUGUUGUCCUGUUUUUGAAAGAAAAUAAAAAAUCGUUUAAAUU